AUAGUAGUUUCUGAAGGGUUUCAUCUUGGAAAAACCGAAAAUUUUGUAAAAUCUCCGACAUGAAACACGUAAACAUGGUGUAGACAUAAUUUUUAUAUAGCUAAAGUGCGUUAUUCGGCGAAAAUGACACCAUAAACGCAUCGACUGCAUUCUUUAACAUGUAUUUGAUAUUUAGGUCUUGACAGCUAAUAAACCAAAUACAGAAACAAAGCGAUUAUUUUGUGUUUUGUGUAAUUUGUACAGCUUUGAUAAUUGAUAAUGUUUUCGAAGACGCAAACAAGUAAGGAUACGUUUCUGGAGCAGACCAAAGCAGCCCGAGAGGAGCGAGCGCUGGAAAAGAAGAGGGAACAGUCUGCUGUUAAAAUACAGGCUCUCGUCAGAGGAUGGCUUGCACGUCAGAGAUUCAUUGCACGAAUUUUGAAUGAAUUUGACCAAAUUCUCCCAGAAGCAGUAAUUCACAGUUCUCAAGAUGAAACGCCGCCGACUUUGGACCUGUUGCCAGCUCUGGAAGUGUACCGCGUCACAUGUAGAUUAUUUUUGAUAUUCAAACAACAACGAGACAGGAAAAGAUUUGAGAAACUCUGCAAGUACAUCGUGCAAAGUCUGCACUCUGAUUCAGUGAAGCUUUCAUAUGUUGGGGUGUUUCUAAAUAAAGAAUACAGUCUAAGAUGGAUAGCCCAUAUAAAGGAUCUUCUUUACAAAUGCUGCAUAUAUCUGGAAGAGCUGAAGCCAGAGUCUCCGCUAGACAUGCAGAGUAUACUAAUCUUCCUACACACACUUGUUGCCUUCACCGCAACAAACACUUGGGCCAUUACUCGGCUCAGAAACUUCGAGAAACUCCGUGGAGGCAUGACACAGCUGUGUGCAAAUGUUAUGGGUUCAUUGUUCCAUAAAGGAUAUUAUUUAACUUUGAAGUCACUACUUCUUCGUGGACUCUGUCGAGAAAAAGUGUCACUUAAAAAUGUUGCACUGACUGCUAUAGUGACACUGUCUUUGCGGCCACUCAUCUCAGCUCAGUUCUCGGAGAAACUGCUGACCAUGUACAUCAUCCAAAUCCUAUCAGUGCCUACACUUGUUUUCCAUAUGCAGCAGAUAUCCCCAGAGUCCAUGGCGGUAUUCCGCACGUACGGCAUGUUCGACAAGUGCGUAGAGUUCCUGAGUGCGGACCAAAACAUGCGCAUCGUGUUCAACACGCUAGAAGGCAACUACGCCUUAUGUCUGCUAGCUAACCUCGUGCAGCUGGCCCAUUGUGAGCGGGAGCACGCGUUGCCCGACACCUACUACCCUACCUUCGUGCUGGUAGUGACCCGGUUCCUCGACUCAUGCCAGCAAUACGUGGUCUGCAAGAAAGGCAACCUCAGCAACUGGCAUCCGGUAUUGGGCUGGUUCUCGCAAAGUUUCGACGCGUAUCUGCCACAAGCAAUGGGAAACUUGCGGACACAACUAUCUCUAUUGUGGGGAGCUCCGAUGCUGAAGAAGAUACUGGCGCAGCCGCUGAAGGAGAUGCUAGACGCUGGCGUAACAGGCGAGGAAGGUGCAGGUCCCUCACAACCCUCUACUCCAGUCCAGAGCAACAACCCCGCCGCCAUUAUCCGACGCGCCAUCGAGGCUAGGACUAGUUUCCAUUGUUAUAGGGCCAGUUCGAACAAGAACUACAGAAAGCUGGGGUCCCCAGACUGCACUAAAGCGGCGCUCAUCUGCUCCAUGUACCACACCGCGCUGCAGACCAUGAAGCAAGUGCGGCUCGAUAUACUCACCGGCUUAUGCAACCAAGACGAGAUACUGUACUCGUUAUGGCAGUUCCUCUGCACCCUGGGCCCUACCUGCGGGUUAAAAUCAUUCCUGGACCUCCUGGCCGUCAACACCAAGACGUCCGCGCCCGAGUUCCAGAUGCUGAUACUAUUCACAGAUUGCAUGACGCACUACGUCACGUGA